CGCCUUUCCCAUGAGUCUUUCACUAGUCCAUGCGGGGUUGUUCUGUGCAACCCUGGCGCGGUCGGGCUUCUCCGGCGCCAUGCUCCCGCCCUCCACGCGAGCCGGUGCUUCUGCUGCGCUCCGGGCGACGGAAGCGCUCGGAGCUGGUGGGUGCCAACGCUCAAGUCUUGGUGGGUUCAGUGGGCCGUCAGCGGUGGCCGCCCUGUGCACCAGCCUUCCAGUGGCGAGGACGCUGGCACGAAGGCGCAGACUGUCCCGCCCUUCUGGCAGGUGUGCCGCACGGAGGCCGACGCUCUGUGACGAUGGCGAUGAGAUUUGCGAAUUCGUCGAGGACCAGAGAAGCACGCAGCUGGAGCAAGAGAAUGAGGUGCUGAGAGUCUCCAAAGCUUGGGCCGAAGGCACCUGGGCAGCUGAUUGGGGGCCGGAAGGCCCCGUGGGGCUCGGCUGGGCGACGGCCAUGGUGCCCGAUGCGGAUCGAAGGCGAUCGAGGAAAGUGCCCACACGAAGUGACGGUUUUCGUUUUGAUGACGCCUUGACGGCUCAAACAGUUCUCCGAGUGGUUUUGCCCACCGUGGGCGCCGUCUUCGGCGGUGCGGCGAUCUAUGGACCAAUCUGCCUGUGGCUGCAGGACAACCUGGACAUUGCCGACACUGGUCGGGGUCCGAUCUUGCAGCUACUGGCCGUGGACCAAAGCCAGUUCAUGCAAAAUUUCUUGACCGUGAAUGGCCUGCUCUUCACGAUCCUUUGUGGUAAUACCUACACCUCCUUGUACACCCAGCAAGAGGUGCUUUUCCAGGCCUUGUUCAUAGAGGUCUCUGAAGCGAAGAGCUUGCUUGAGCAAGCUUGCCUGGUUUGUCAGGGGAGGCCGUUCUAUCCAAAGGUGUUAGACAGCAUCAGAGACUACGUCUCCACGGACCUCAGGCGGUUGGACGUCGAGCCGGCGGAGCUGCUGGCGAAUCGGCCCAUGGACGAUCCCCUGGAGUGGCCCGGCACCGCACGGCCCGGCACCGGCACCAGCGGAGCGGCGAUGGUGUCGCGGAGAUGGACCAAGAGGGCACAGGAGGUGAAUGGGUUUCUUCAGGAAUCGAAGGUGUGCGGGUCUACCUCGAAACCAUGAAACCACCAGUGUUUUCUGCCUGGGGUGCCUGGUGGAAUGUGAAGUGGUCCAUUUAUGUCCAUUUCAGUAUGAUUCGGGGAACAGCAGUGGCCUCACCCCUGCCACGACCGGUGGACUUUUCUUUGGCGCAUUGCCCGAGAAAAAUUCGAGCCCUGGCACUUGGUCGCCAGGUAUAUCCUUUAUGCACCUUGACUGAGAUGAAGCGGCGCUCAAGUCACCGGGUGUGUGGGUCAUGUUUGAGUGCAGACUUCCGAUCCUUCCGGAUUUUUUGAUCAAUCCCGGUGUAUCCGGUGUAUCCUAUUGAUUCACUGCAAUAACCAACGGGAAAGUUGCUUCUCACUUAUCACUCUCACUGUUGUUGGCCAAGUAGGAACUAUCAUCAUCCUCUGCUACAGCAAUUGCGAUGCACAAAUCCUAUGUCGAUUCCAGAUGAUUCCAGAGCGUUUGGCCACCUUGGGGGUUCCCCCCCCCGCCCCCCGAGACUUGGAGUCUUGGAUUUUGCCGCUCUUCGAUCGGCCCUCGGCCCAGCUCGGCCCAGCUCUGCGCGUCUCGUUACCCGGCCGUCCCCGUCCUUCCGCGGUCCGAACUCGGCGAGGCCACUUCGGUGGGAGUGCCUUGGCACAUCGGACGAAUCGGACCGAAAGGUAGAACACGAAUCAGAUGAAAAGAGGACGACGUCUAGUGGGUGGAACCGGU